AUGAAUGAAAAUACGACACUCAAAGAACGACUUGACAAGAUGCAGCAUAAUUUGAAAUGUUUACAAGCGCAGUAUGCUAUCGAGUUCCAAUCUCAUGUCAAACAGCAAAGCAAUCAAACUGAGGAUAGAAAAUUGAGUUAUCAUGACCCAGGGAAUCAACAAUGUCCAGAUAAUGAAAUGGUUAUUGACCAGCUUCGAGGCGAAUUGAAGCAGAAAAACCAUGAGAUAGCACUGCUCCAGCAAACUGUUCAUCGUGAAUGUUUGGAGCGGACAUCGCUGCUUGAGAGGAUACGAGGUGGAAAGGUCAAGGUGCUACCUGAGAUAGGAAUCUCGACGAUUAUCUCAGAUUCGAUUGUUUCAAGCAAUCGUGACGAUGCCGAUGUCAGCAAUGGGUAUCUUGAACAGAAUGCCAAGCAGCCUAAAGCAUCACUCUAUGAAAAGCUGAGGCGAGCUGGAUCGCGGAAAUCUAACCUUAAAAAGUAA